AUGUUCAUUCUGAAUCGUGUUUUGUUUGUUGGCGGCAUCAUUGCCCCACAGACCGCCUCCCUCCCCGUGAUGCACUUUUUUGCUUGCCCUUGUCUGAUAUCUCCCAAAAGAAACAGUCCUUACAGCUCAGUCGACAGUGAACGCUACUCUUCUCUUGUUAAAGCUGUUAUGUCAUCCAGGGUUAGCUCCCAAACUCCCGAGACCCUCCAAGCAGAAGACGAGCACAUUUAUGGACCUGUAGUUAAAGCUCAAAUGCCCACACAUACUGAGAGGAGGGUACCCAAAACUACCCAUCCUUUCUUUGACUACGAACGGACUCCAGAAAUUGAAGAGCCAGAACCAGAAACCCCAGUCCGGAUUCCGUUAAAUCGGGGACAGGGUAGGUCUUCUGUACCGAGUGUGACGCGGGUUCUUCAGCAGACACUUUCUCCAGAGCAGAUCUUCUACCUGGAGAGAUGGAAGAGGAGGAUGAUCUCAGAACUUGGAGAGGAGGGCUUCAAAGAAUACAGCCGAAAUAUAUUUAGACAAGGGAAGCAUUUCCAUUCAGCUCUGGAGGACUACAUGACUUCGGCCGCAACAGCUCCUUCAGAGACCCCUGAAUAUCCACCUGAAGUGCAAGGCUACAUGGAGAGCAUAUCUCACAUACUGGAGGACGUGGGUGCAGUGAGGGCCAUCGAAAGCACUGUGCAACACGAGACGUUGAACUACUUGGGAAUCGUGGAUUGUGUAGCUCGCUAUAGGGGCGUACUAUGUGUUAUUGAUUGGAAGACCUCAGAAAAACCCAAACCCUUUUUGAGCAACACCUACGACAACCCUGUUCAAGUGGCAGCCUACGCUGGGGCCUUAAAUAAUGAUAAAAACUACAAAUAUCAGGUUGAAAAUGGACUCAUUGUUGUGGCCUACAAAGAUGGCUCGCCCGCCCAUGCUCACCAGCUCAACUCAGAGCUGAUGUCUGAAUACUGGAGAGCUUGGUUGCUGCGCCUGGAAGACUUCACAGAGCAAAAGUAA